UUCCUGUACCAAAUCCUCCCUUCUAAUCUGCCAUCUGCUAUAGCUAUAAUACCAGUAGAGUUUCCCUCUUCUGCUCCUCUCAAACGUCACUUGGAGCCGGAGACGACGAACCACUCCAUCGAUCGGCCGAAGACAUAGACGGCAUCCCUCUCCGUCGAUCUCAUACAUCCCUCAUAGAUAAUCACUAGUAGAUCUCUCCGGAUUCCGGUACUUGUUCCUACUCCGCCUCCAUGGGAUGGGAUGGGGUGGGAUUGGGAUGGGAUGGGAGGAACUGAUGACCUCGCGACCAUGAGGUGAGUUUCAUCUCCAGUCGCAAGAUGAAGGACGCCGCGAACGCCGUCGCGACCGAGAACUCGAAUCUGUGCGAACGACAGACACGCGAGAUAAAUCAGGAGCUUUGGUACGCAUGCGCCGGCCCUUUGGUGUGGCUUCCGCCUGUGGGGAGCCUCGCCGUCUACUUCCCCCAAGGCCACAGCGAGCAGGUUGCAACUUCUAUGGCGAAGGAUAUUGAUGCUCACGUUCCAAACUAUCCAAAUCUUCCAUCAAAGUUGAUAUGUCUUCUUCGCAAUGUAACUCUGCAUGCAGAUUCAGAUACGGAUGAGGUCUAUGCCCAAAUGACUCUCCAGCCAGUUAAUACAUAUGACAAGGAGGCAUUGCUGGCUUCAGACCUUUCUUUGAAAAAAACUAGGCCACAAACUGAUUUCUUCUGUAAAACACUUACUGCAAGUGAUACAAGCACGCAUGGAGGAUUCUCGGUUCCUCGUCGUGCUGCAGAAAAGAUUUUUCCUCCGCUUGACUUCUCGAUGCAGCCACCUGCUCAAGAACUACUGGCUAGAGAUCUUCAUGGCAAUCUGUGGUCCUUUCGCCAUAUCUACCGAGGUCAGCCCAAACGACAUUUACUUACUACUGGUUGGAGCUUAUUUGUGAGUGGAAAGAGGCUCUUUGCUGGAGAUUCUGUCUUAUUUAUUAGGGAUGAGAAACAACAAUUACUCGUGGGCAUCCGACGUGCUAAGAGGCAACCUAACAACCUAUCAUCAUCAGUACUUUCGAGUGACAGUAUGCAUAUUGGAAUUCUUGCAGCAGCAGCUCAUGCUGCCACCAACAGUAGUCCCUUCACUAUAUUUUAUAAUCCAAGAACUAGUCCUUCAGAAUUUGUUGUUCCAUUCGCAAAGUACCAGAAAGCAAUAUACAGUAUGCGAGUGUCUCUGGGCAUGCGUUUCCGAAUGAUGUUUGAAACUGAGGAAUCUGGUUCGAGAAGUUGUAUGGGAACAAUCACAGAGAUAAGCGAUCUAGAUCCUGUGAGGUGGAAAAACUCACAAUGGCGUAACUUGAAGGUGAGAUGGGAUGAGCCUGCAGCUGGCGAGAGGCGUAAUAGGGUAUCAAUAUGGGAGAUUGAGGCAAUAACAACACCAUUCUUCAUCUGCCCUCCGCCAUUUUUCAGAAAGCGUCUCAGACAACAAGGGAUUCUAGAUGGUGAGACAUCAGACAUGGCAAUCCCCUGGCUCAGUGAGCAGAUCUGUUUCAGGGAUACUCAAUAUCAGACUACCAUGAUGCCUGGAUUUAGUCUAGCUCAAUGGAUGAGCAUGCAGCAGAAUUCUUCGACUUUUAAUUCAGCAAUGCAGACUGAAGGCCUUCAACCUGUAAUACAGAAAAUUGGUUCAGGCGAGCAGGCCCAAAUUUUGCAACAGAAUAAGGGUGUUCUUGGAUUGCCUCAACAUACCCCCCAAGUUGAUCAACUGUCAAAAGUUAUCCUCAAUCAAACUGUUCUUGACACCAUACCUCAUCGGCAACUGCAAGAUUUACACGUGCAGCAAGAGCAACAAAAAGUUGAUCAAGUAUCUUCCUUGAGCCAAAGCUUGGAAAGUCUUACUCAACCUCUUCUGCAGCAGCAAAGAUCGGUGAUUCAAAACCAUCAGGUAUUACAAACCACUAUCCAGCAAAACCAACCACAAGAUCUUGACCAGACAGUUCAUCUCCAGCCAUGUCAAGAGCAACAGCAGCAGCUAAAACAACAACGAAAUAGGAUCCCUAUUGAUUACCGCAAUCCACAAAAUAAACAGUUCCAUGUGUCUGAUCUUCACCAGCAGCAGCAGCAUUCAUUAUUGCAAAAAACAGCAGUUCAGGCUCCUGAAUUACAUCCAUCGCAAGAGCAAAUCAAAACACUUCAAGUGCCACCACAGCAGUUCCUAAAUUCGCAUGAUGCAAUAAUGUCUCAGCAACCUUUUAUUCUUCAACAAUGUGCAAAAACCACUUCUGCUACGCAGAGCCUGCCGCAGCAAAAGCUUCAGCAACACCAGCAAGUUGUGCUAGCCGAGCUUCCUGGGGUUUUUGCACCUGCAAAUCCGACAACCCAUCCAAUUGCAGCAGCGCACACCUCUUUAUUAGCUUGUGGAGGAGCACAAUCUGUGGUGACAGAUGAAGCGCCAACUUGCUCCACGUCACCUUCUGCAAACACCAGCAUUAUCAUUCAUCAAUCGAUUCUAAGUAGAACACAUCAAGGCAACCCUCUGAUGACAGAACAACAUCUGGUUACCACGCCCAGUCCAAGCUCCUUCAAAGCUUCAGCUGAAAACCUCAACGUGGUUAACAAGCUGUCAAAAGCCAUGCAGAAUGCCAAGGCCUCGGUUCCAGUUUCUAGGUCGCAAACUCAAGAUUUCAUGGAUCCUCAAGCUUAUAUAAAUAAUGCAAUGGACACUACAUCAUCUAUUUCAGUGUCUCUCUCUGAGGCCGAAGAAACUUUGCAACAAAACUUCUUGUUCACCUCUUUCAACCAGCCAUUGAUGUUUAGAGACAACCCUCAAGAUAGUUAUGUGCAUGGAAUAGAUCCCAGAAAUAAUGUUAUUUUUGGGGUAAACAUUGAGAGUCUAUUGGGCAUACCUCUGACUGCCGAUGCAUCAUUGGCAACUAAUAUUGGUUCUGAAAAUUACCAAAACCAUAACUCUGAAAAUAUGGUUCAGAAUUAUGACAUCAUAAAAGAUGGUCGUCAAGAGCUAUCCUCUUCUUUAGUUUCACAUUCAUUUGAGAUUGUCCCAGACAUGGCAUUUAAUUCUAUUGACUCCAGAAUUAAUGACGACGGCUUAACAAAUACAGCAGGUUCUCAGCCACCUGCACCACUCCUUCAGCGCAUGAGAACAUACACCAAGGUUCACAAACGUGGAGCGGUUGGAAGAUCCAUCGAUAUCACUCGCUACUCAGGCUAUGAUGAACUCGAGCAUGAUAUUUCUCGAAUGUUCAGCAUAGAAGGACAGCUCGAAGCUCAGCAGAAUAUUGGCUGGAAACUUGUCUAUAUAGAUCAUGAAAAUGAUGUUCUGCUAGUUGGUGACGACCCCUGGGAGGAGUUUGUGAAUUGCGUACAAUGCAUCAAAGUAUUAUCUCCUCAAGAAGUUCAACAGAUGAGCUUGGCCGGAGAUCUUACCAACAACGUUCUUCCAAAUCAAGUUAGCAUCAGUUCAGAUGGUGGAAAUACCAGGAGGGUCCAAUGUUAUCAUAACUCUGCAUAGUAUAUGAUCAUCUCGAGUAACUAUCCAUGUCGAUAUGUGACUUGGCCAAUGGCUGCUGGUCAAUAGCACCAGAUCUUUGCCACCGAAGACCAAGGUAUGCAGAUACCUAAGUUAUUUCGGUAGUCACGAUGAAGAGAUGGCUGAAUUAUUAUAUAGAUUAGAGGCCUGUGAUUAAUUUGAUUAUGAGCAGUUUUACAAAAAAUUGUAGAGAAUUAGUAUAAAAAAAUAACUAGGAGGAUCAGUGGGAAGAUGCUAAUUACCAAGCACUUGUAAUUCAUCCUUCAGCUAAGCUUUGAAGAGGGAAGUUAAAUUAAAAGAACUAGC